AUGCUUAUCACUAACAAAGAAGAAUGGCCUAUCAUGCCCGAGUCUUUCAUCUCAGCAGAGCGGAAACGUCAGCGUAGAGUCAGGAAUAUCACGAAGAUUGAGGAGGAUCCAGCCAUUCAAAUACUCUCACCUCCCCCAGGUGAAGAAUCGACCGUUUUAUCUCCAUCACAUCUAACCGAAGAGGAAGAAACUACUCCACUUGCAGAUUUGGCUGUUAAGAUAAAGAGAUCAUCUAGGAGACAUUCACAAUCUUCACAGAAACAAAAGAAGGCAGAAGAUAGCCGAGUUAAACGUAAACCAGCUGAAAUGCCAGCUUUGAAAACCGAAGAAGAAGUGUCUAAGAAGCAGGAAGUACCUUCUUCUUCUAUAAAGGACAAGAAAAAGGGAGAAGAUGGGGAAAUGAAAAUUGCUAAACGGAAGAAGGAGCAUUCAGUAAGGAAACAUGCUCUGCAAGAGCCAGAGGUGGUGUCUGAACCAAAGGUUGAGGAACAACAGCAACGGCAUGGAGUUACCGAAGAGAAAAUGGAGGUUGAUGGGCAAGAGGGCACUUUCCAACCUCGAAGUCUCCGUCUUCGGUUGAGCCGCCAGGAUGAUGGCAAUCUAACUGUUGUCGACGAGAAUCCCACUUCACUCACUCAACCUCAAUCUGCUCCCAAGUCACCCAUCAAAUUGCGUCUCUCCUUGUCACCUACCAAACCUCCGGAACCUCCCAUCACCUCUAUGGCAAUAGAAGCCCUAGUGGCAGCUUUCCCAAAUGUUAACUUAGAUACCUACGAUGAGAUUCAUCCACCACUUAAAAAGAAAUCUCGUACUUCUACUAGUAUACCCACUGAGAAAGAACUACUGCAUACGGCAAUGUCGAUUUUGAGGUCAGCUGAAGCGAAAGCCAAGAAAGCGGCUGGGAAAUCCGCAUCCCCCAAAAAUACAAAGAGGUACUUUGUGCAUAGAGUGCUGAAGGAGCUCACUAAACGGGUCUUGAAUGAGGCGUGUACAUCUGAUACGAUUCCGGCAAAUUUAGCUCAGGAGGUGUAUAAUCAACUGGAACCGGUUUUGACGAAUUGGGUGAGUGUGUGCGCGCAGUAUGAUAGUGAUUCCUCCGCUUGA